AUGCAAGACCACGACAAAGAGGCACAAGACAACUGUCGGGAGAUGCAAGACCACCACAAAGAGGCACAAGACAACUGUCGGGAGAUGCAAGACCACCACAAAGAGGCACAAGACAACUGUAGGGAGAUGCAAGACCACUACAAAGAGGCACAAGACAACUGUCGGGAGAUUCAAGACCACCACAAAGAGGCACAAGACAACUGUAGGGAGAUGCAAGACCACGACAAAGAGGCACAAGACAACUGUCGGGAGAUGCAAGACCACGACAAAGAGGCACAAGACAACUGUCGGGAGAUGCAAGACCACUACAAAGGGGCACAAGACAACUGUCGGGAGAUGCAAGACCACCACAAAGAGGCACAAGACAACUGUAGGGAGAUGCAAGACCACUACAAAGGGGCACAAGACAACUGUAGGGAGAUGCAAGACCACUACAAAGAGGCACAAGACAACUGUAGGGAGAUGCAAGACCACGACAAAGAGGCACAAGACAACUGUCGGGAGAUGCAAGACCACUACAAAGGGGCACAAGACAACUGUAGGGAGAUGCAAGACCACUACAAAGAGGCACAAGACAACUGUCGGGAGAUGCAAGACCACUACAAAGAGGCACAAGACAACUGUAGGGAGAUGCAAGACCACUACAAAGAGGCACAAGACAACUGUAGGGAGAUGCAAGACCACUACAAAGAGGCACAAGACAACUGUCAGGAGAUUCAAGACCACCACAAAGAGGCACAAGACAACUGUAGGGAGAUGCAAGACCACUACAAAGAGGCACAAGACAACUGUCGGGAGAUGCAAGACCACUACAAAGAGGCACAAGACAACUGUAGGGAGAUGCAAGACCACUACAAAGAGGCACAAGACAACUGUAGGGAGAUGCAAGACCACUACAAAGAGGCACAAGACAACUGUAGGGAGAUGCAAGACCACUACAAAGAGGCACAAGACAACUGUAGGGAGAUGCAAGACCACUACAAAGGGGCACCAGACAAGUGUAGGGAGAUGCAAGACCACUACAAAGAGGCACAAGACAGCUGUAGGGAGAUGCAAGACCACUACAAAGAGGCACAAGACAACUGUAGGGAGAUGUAA